UCUCUUCUCUUCUCUUCUCAUUUUUCUUCUCUUUCGCACGAAUCCUAUCUUCAUAUAUUUAUUCACCACCACACAUUUAUAUUCAUUCAUUUCCCCCCAAACUCAAUUCAAUGGCAAUCCCCUGCCCUCAUUUCAUUGCCUCCGAGAAAGCAGCCAUGGAAGCUGGCCUUCUUCUCCCCUCUUCCUCUCUCUCUCAGCUCAUUCUCUCCCAAGACGAUUUGAAGAAAAUUGCCGCCUACAAAGCCGUCGAGUACGUCGAAUCCGGUAUGGUUCUCGGCCUCGGAACCGGCUCCACUGCCAAACACGCUGUCGACCGAAUCGGCGAGCUUCUCCGUCAGGGCAAGCUCAAAGACAUCGUCGGAAUACCCACUUCCAAGAAAACGCACGAGCAAGCCCUCUCUCUCGGGAUCCCCUUGUCGGAUCUGAACUCUCACCCCGUCGUUGAUCUCGCCAUUGACGGCGCCGACGAGGUUGAUCCUCAUCUUAACCUCGUCAAGGGCCGCGGUGGCUCCCUCUUGAGAGAGAAGAUGGUUGAAGGUGCUUGCAAGAAGUUCGUUGUAAUCGUCGAUGAGUCCAAGCUCGUUAACUAUAUUGGUGGUAGCGGUUUGGCUAUGCCCGUUGAAGUUAUUCAAUUUUGUUGGAAGUUCACUGCUUCCAGGCUUCAGAAUCUCUUUCAGGAAUCUGGUUGCGUUGCAAAGCUCAGAACUUUGGGCGAAAAGGCUGAGCCUUAUGUCACUGAUAAUGGCAACUAUAUCAUUGAUUUGUAUUUCAAGCAGAGUAUUGGAAAUUUGAAGGCUGCCAGCGAUUCCAUUCUGCAAAUCGCCGGUGUUGUGGAGCAUGGAAUGUUCAUUGACAUGGCUACCACUGUUAUUGUUGCAGGUGAACUUGGCCUAACUGUUAAGAAUAAGUAGUAGCUUAAUUCAAACACCAUUAAAUGACAUGAACAAUAAUGUAGGUAAAAUUGGAAUAGUCAAGGAGGUAGUUUAAUUUGUAACGGUUGAUGCUUUGACAUUUGGGGCGGCCUUUGGGGGUUCUAACAUACGAUACCUGGUGUAGUUGCAAUUGCUGGAGAAAGUAUCUUAAUUUCUCCGCCAAUUUUGUUAUUUUUGACCUGGUUUGAGCAAGCAAGCAUAAGAGAAUUUUAUAGACUUGUUGGGAAUUGGGAUUUUCAGUUCAUGUAAUGGCUCUUGUGUUUUGUACACAAAUUGUUAUUAAACUGAUAUUGUUUAACUUAUUGAAUUAAUCCAAUUCAAAUUUUGUUCC